GGAGAGGGAGCGAGCAGUGAAAACAAAGAUGGCGGCGCCGCCGGGUUUGGUGUCUGCAUCUGAGUCUAAGGCAGCGACAGAGGCGGCGGUGACAGCGGCUGUAGUUUCGAGGAGACGCGCGGGCGACCGAGCCCUGUGAGGCGGCGGCAGCGGCGGCGGCGGGAGCGGCGGCGCAGCGGCGGUAGCAGCGGCAGGAGCGCGCGGUGCCCCUAACCCCCUCCCCCUCGGGCGGCGGCGGCGGCAGCGGCGGGAGCGCGCCCGGCUCUGCCCGGCAGCCGCGGCGGGAUGUCCGGGGCUGAGGAGGCCGGGGGCCCGGCGGCGGCGGCGGGAGGACCCGCGGGUUCCGGGGCCGGGCCCCCGGGCGCUUCCGCCAUGGCCGUGUCAGUGUCCGUGCUGGGGGAGGCGGCCGGGCCCGGGCUCCCAGACGAGGCGGGCCUGCCCGCGGGCCGCCCGCUGCCCCUACCCGAGGCCGGCGGCGACCCAGAUGCGCCGCCCAAGAAGCGGCUGCGGGCGGCCGAGGCGGAGGCGGCGGCGGCAGCAGCGGCCUCAGCAGCGACGGCUUCGGCUUCGGCGGCCGCGGGGAGCGGGAAGCUAGAAGAGCGCCUCUACUCUGUGCUCUGCUGUACCGUCUGCCUGGACCUGCCCAAGGCCUCAGUCUACCAGUGUACUAAUGGUCACUUGAUGUGCGCUGGCUGUUUUAUCCACCUACUAGCAGAUGCCCGGCUGAAGGAGGAACAGGCCACAUGCCCCAAUUGUCGUUGUGAGAUCAGUAAGAGCCUCUGCUGCCGAAACCUGGCUGUGGAAAAAGCAGUGAGUGAGCUGCCGUCAGAGUGCGGCUUCUGCAUGCGCCAGUUCCCCCGCUCCCUCCUGGAGAGGCAUCAGAAAGAGGAGUGCCAGGACAGGGUCACGCAGUGCAAAUACAAACGCAUCGGUUGCCCGUGGCAGGGCCCCUUCCAUGAGCUGACUGUGCAUGAAGCAGAAUGCACACAUCCCACCAAGACUGGCAAUGAACUAAUGGAGAUUUUGGAUGAGAUGGACCAAACCCACAAGAAGGAGAUGCAGCUAUAUAACAGCAUCUUCAGCCUGCUCAGCUUUGAGAAGAUCGGCUACACAGAAGUUCAAUUCCGCCCGUACCGUACUGAUGACUUCAUCACACGCCUCUACUACGAGACGCCGAGGUUUACCGUGCUGAGCCAGACGUGGGUCCUGAAGGCGCGGGUAAACGACUCUGAGAGGAACCCCAAUCUAUCCUGUAAGCGUACCCUCUCCUUUCAGCUCAUCCUGAAGAGCAAGAUCAGUUCCCCCAUGGAGUGCUCCUUCCUCCUACUCAAGGGGCCCUAUGACGAUGUGAAAAUCAACCCUGUGAUCUAUCACUUUGUCUUUACCAAUGAGAACAACGAGACCGACUAUGUGCCACUCCCCAUCAUAGACUCUGUGGAGUGUAACAAACUGCUGGCUGCCAAGAACAUCAACCUAAGGCUCUUUAUAUUCCAGAUACAGAAAUAGGCAGGGCUGGGGUCAUGCUGGCAAGCUCAAGGAGAAAGAAAGCACCACUGAACCGUACUUACCUCGUCUGGGCAGCCUGCACCAGUUGCGAUUUCACACUAUAAUCGGAUCAUUUUAGAAAAAGGAGGGAGGAAACAAAAACGAAAACAAAACAACCAACCCAAACCAAUUGGAACCAAGUCUGCAUGCGUAUGCAACAGUGUAAGCAGCCACAGCCUGCCUUCUCUCUUCCCCUCUCCUAGAUACCCUGGGCCAGGGCCUUCCCCCACCAACAGCCUGCCCAGCUGCCCCCGCAGGCCAGGUCAGUGGGAAGCUAGACAGCAGUGGAGACCUCUGCGGUGCCACCCUCGUCUGCCAGGGAGCGUUUGGGAAAACUGCGAGGCAUCCCCUGUUACUCUGUUACAUUGUAGCAGAGCAGUGUUGGCUUGUUCAUGGUUAAGUGCACAAUUUCCAGAUGCAUGGGGGCUCAGGAGAUCCUGGCUGACUUUAGACAGCAUAUUUGAUUGAAAUUAAAAAGGCAACCUUGUUUCCUAUUUUUUUCUUUUGUUUGGGUGGAGAAGUCUAGCUCUGGUUUAAUAUUUGAGAAUAUUAUUUUCUUUGAUUUUAUACAUUCAGAUGGGGAAUUGGAAAGGGAAGAAAGCUGUCCAGUUUCCUUUCCCUUUUUUAUCUACUUAUCCACAGGAAAGACCAAUGGGAAUAUAAUGGUAUCUCUGAGAAACCUAACAAGGUGAAGCCCAAGUUUCUGGGGAUAGGGGCUGGAUGAUGGGGAAUGAGGGAGAUCCUCAUGAAAGGAAUCUACCAUCUCUUGCCAUCUACCUCUCAAGUAUCUGGGAAGUAGACAGAGAUGGAAGGGCUGCUUUAAGCUGUCUGAUGUGUGAAGCUGGGCCCUCCUCAUCUUUUUCCCUUCCCCUCCUCCCCCACAAGGUGUCCUGAGGCCUUUGGGAGAGACCAGCUUAAGGGUUAAGGGAGGUAACUUCAGACUGAAGAUUGAAUGGAGUAUGAUGUGACUUCUAGGCCUAGGUCCCUGGGGUGAGUUUUUGGUUAAUUUCUAGCACAGAAUCCUCAUGCUUUGUUCCCAGGGUAUUAUCUUCAGGUUAAUAUUUAUGGCACAUGGGAAUAAGCUGUUUGCUUCUCUCUUUCUCUUCCCUCCCAGCCCUACUCCAGCUCCUUCAGGGUCCCCAGAAACCUGCACUCAGAAUAAUGGAGUUCUUAAUUCAUUUUUGUAUUAUGGUCAAUCAUGAAAAAAAGGAAUACCAUGGGCCACAACGUAUUUUCAUGUUUCUUACCCUGCCUCCCGCUCCUGUCCCUUCCCACUUGCCAAAUAUAGCCCAGGCUGCAAUUCUCAUCGAGACAGGAUGAUGCCUUUGGGGCUCAACAGACAUUUUCGGAAUGCAGGGUGAAAUUCUGUCUCUUCCCAGAAUAAAAGAAAUUAACCUCUUUACAGGCUCUUCUAGCAAUUAUACAAUUUUCCAGUGUGAGAAAGAAUAUAUUUUAUAUAGUUUGUCUCUGGCAUGUUUGUGGACAGGCCCAAUAUAGCCGUUCAUCAAACUUGAAGAGUUCUACAGGGAUAUUUGCUCAACACUGUUUAGCAAAGUGAAGUAUGUGACUUAGUUGUGGAGGGAAACUGUCCUAUGGAAUUGUGGCUAGUAGAUGGUCUCUAAGAUCAGCUUAGUCCCAUCACAUUGGCCACUUUGGGACACAGUUUUGUAUUGUGUCUGUGGAAUAACUGGAUCAAUCCAAUUAUACAUCAUGUAAACACCACUGCAAGACUGUGAUACUUGUGGCUUCUAGUAAAGCUCCAAGGAAAGCCCUCUCUGCUUUGGGUUUUUCCUAGAUGUAGAUCAUCUCUUCCCAGUCUGGCAUGGUUACAUUUUUUCCUGUUGUGACCAGUGGCAAAUUGGUGAAGCUCACGUGUCAGUGACUCAGUGACCCUCAGGAGGUAAAGGCAACAUAGUCUUUUAGAGUUAGCCCCUAGGGUGAUUUGUAAGUGGUUUCCAAAAAUUGUCUUGUUGACCCUUGGGUGGGUUUUAGCUUUUGCUAGAGAUGGGUGUGAAUGUCUGUGUGUGUGGGUGUAUGGGAGUAUGUGUGUAUGUAUGUCUGUGCAUGUACACUCGAGUGUGCAUGGGGAGAAGGAGGGUGGGGGGGUGAAUGUGAGAGAAAGAGAAAGAGAAAAUGUAUGGGAGGUGGGGUAAGAGGAGGAAGGUAGAGUAUUUUUCUGACAAAGCUUUUUUUGUGGUCUGUGAUAAAGUGGCAAGGUCGAAAAGGCAAGUAUGGGAGAGCCUCUCUUUGCUUUGUACUCUCCUGAUCCCACUCCCUGCUCUCAGAGUCCCCUGAAAGCUUCCUGGAGACUGCAUACCAACAACCAUUUCUCCUUCUCCCUGCUCCCUACUCCUUGCUCUGGAAGAAUGUUACUCAUUAUAGCUUUUUUGUUGAUCAAAAACCAAAGAACCACAUUUUCUUCAGUCUUUGUCUUUCCUCUCUUCUUCCCAAAUUCUGCUUUAUACUAAGCCCACUCUUCUAUCAUCAUGUACUUUGUAAAAUUAAACCAGAUUUCAUCUUACCCCUUUGGUAAGGAGAAGUGACUAAGGUGACCAAGGUGGUGUCAAAUUAGCUUCACACAUGGAGUCUUUGAAGAGAUGUGGCAACUCUUUUUGUAGAUGGAGGUCUUUAAGGUCAAUUUCCUGCACUAUGCUUGCUCUUGGUCAGAGUCCUUCAAAGGACUAGGCAGGGAGCUAGAUACGAGUGGGACCUCUCAGGAUCUCACCACCUUAUGGUGCCAUUUGAGAACUACUGACCUUGAGAAUAGUUUAUUCUGUUCAGAGGCUAUGGAGGAAAAGCAGCAGAUCUUUCUUAGAUUUGAAAAUGAUGAAGUUUCUAUGAGCCAUGAGGCUGCAUGGAAAGGGCCCAGAUUUUCUCAAAGAAUGAUGGUCAGAUUAUAUUAGGCACCUAGAUCCUCCUUCCUCCCUUUCCCCUCCCCUAGGUAUAAUUUCCUGCCCCUUCUUUGGCUAUGGGAAUCUUGAUGUGAAACACUCCAUAAACUAUUGGGCCCAAUUAUUUUUAGCUAAGAUUGGUCCUUCAUUCUUUCAAUGUGCCUAGGUCAUCUGUGAUUAAAUUGAUGAGUAUUUGCUGCCAGUGGAGUCAAGGCUUUUCUAGAGCCCUGACUGGUAAAGUUCCAUUCGAGAUUGAGGAAAUUCCUCCACCCUAAACCACCCAAGGAUUGUGUGAGCUGCUCCUUCCCCCUGCUUUUCCCACCCUUUUCCCCCUUUGCUGUCACUAAAGAACUCUAAUCUCUUGUAUCUGUAUCUUCAGGCCCCUGUGGGACUUUUGGGAAUGAAUAUUAAGGUUUCAUUGAGUUCCAAACAUCUCCAGGAGGUGAAACGUAAGUGAAAGGAACUUCUACUAAGUGUGAAUAUGAUUGACAUCCAGGUUACAGGCUUUCUUCUGUGUAAACACAAGACAAAAUUCAGAGGACGUCAAGUAGACAUAGCUUAUCCUGUGGGGCUGAGGAAAGGCAGAGAAGAGAUAAUUUUUCUGAGUGUGCUCCCUACCUUAACCUCUCACCCUUAGGAAAUAUCAGAGGGAAUGAGGUCUUGAGGUGUUGCAGGGGAAGAGAUUUGAAAGUGAAUUUUUAAAAACACUUCCUUGAAGGCCAAGGUAUAUGCACUGGGUACAUGAAAGCCCAGGCUUUUAGCUUUUAAAGUAAAAAUUCUGUUUAGGCAAGUUUCUGGUUUUGCCAAUAAUAUCCCUCACCAUCUCUCUCACCCCAUAUGCCUCCCUUCCUUCUGCAAAGAAGGAAUUCCUUAAACCCUUCAGCAUUGUCCUCCUAUACCAUCAGAUACUCAGGUAAAAUCCAGUGUUAACCCAGCUGCUAAUUCGAAUGGGCUAAUUUCAGGUGGCAUAAAGGUGGGUAUGUGGGUGUGCUUGGAUAUGCAAGGGUGUGUGUGUAUUAUCAAUAAUGGGAAGGACAUUCUUGUAAGCUGAUAUUCUGAGGAGUACUAUCUACUGUCUGUUGAGUGUUGAUCACCUGUUAAAAGAGUGUGGGGAGCAAGACAGAAUUCUUGGUUUGGGUUUCCAGAUGAGGAGCAGCCAUCCUUUGAUGGGGAGCAGCCAUGUAGUCCAUUCACUGUUAUUGUUGUCUCUACCCUUCCUUCCACCCCGACUUCUUCAGGUAUGAUUAACUUGGCUACUGUGUAGUACAGGUGUGGAUACCAUUGCAUGGAUUAAUGAAUUCUUGUUGACUUUUGGGGGUUGACUCUUGUCAGACUUUGUACCAGAUUACCUUUUUGGUUAAAUCUUAUCAGGGGCAAAGAGAGAGUAGUGGAUGGAUAGGAGCUCAUAACGGAUGGGACUAGCAAGAGUAGGAAAAGGUAUGGUCUCGCUGUAGUAUCUAGGAAUGAAUACACUGGCCUCUCAUGAAGGCACUGUUUCUCUGGUUUCUUGAGUGACUAUUAUAUGUAAUUCAAAACACCUGAUAGGAGAAAGAUCCGUCCUCUUGGUAUUCUCUGGAGAGUUUUUAUGUCCUCUUGUUUUUUGAGGAUCAAGAAGUUUUGCCCAGGAAAAAAUGGGGACAUACAAAUGAUCUUGUAAUAACUAGAUGGAUCUUCAGUGCUGCUGUUACUGUUAAUGUAUGGUACAUGGGAGUGGAAAGUAAAAGGAUGGUAGUAAAAAAAACAAUCUGACAUUCUAACAUGUUCACAUGUUCACUUGUCACCGUGUAGAGCUGAUAAAACAUGGAUCAAGGGAGAGGGAUCAGAGUAGUCAAAUGGGUGGCUCCCAUGCAGGGAGGAUAAAAUUUUGAUAAUCUAGAGGAAAGCUAGUUAGUUCCUUUUACCUUACCUGGUAGUUCAUUGAACCCUAGAAAUGUUGUACUAGAACUCUAUUUUGAUGAGUCUUAUCACAUGAAUUUAAAUGAUAAAUGAUGCCCCCAUCCCUGACUUUCCACAUUGUAGGUGUUUCUUACUAUGUGCCUUGACAGUCCACCAGAAUUCCAGAUGGCCAGUUAGACUGGACAGAGUGGCAUCCCAAUAGUAUGAUAAGAUGUCACUCUCUCCUCCUACCCUCAAUAGGAUGGGCUUUGUGGUGUCUGAUAACAUCCUGUCAUGGGAACAGCUACAGGUCUUUCUGUGUGUGUGUAUGUGUGUGUGUGUGUGUGUGUGUGUGUGUGUGUGUGUAGUGUGUUUAUGUCUUUAUGCAGUUUAGCUUCCAGAAGGCUCUGCUAUGUGAUAAAGAGGGGGACCAGUAUUCCCUGUUCUUCACUGCCUUCCCCAAUUCCCACCCAGCUCAUGAGUAACAACACAACCUUCCUUUCCACAGAGAACUCUGAAUAUGUUGUCUAAAGCCUCCUGUUGAGGGUAAGAGCAGGAUCCUAUAUUUGGUUGAAUUGAGGAGGGGAGGGGAUGACAACUAAGGUUGGAUGUGAGCUCAGGGUGAGAAAGUCAGGAAGUUGUCAUCUCAGUAAGAAACAUAGCAAUUUCCAGGAGACUUGUCUGGUUGAUUUUGUUUUUUAAAUGCUUUGCCAAACUGGCACUGGUGACAGGAAGUAUUUUUCUAGUCUCCAGCCAAGGCCCCUUCUUUUGGAAGGUGUGUGUGUGUGUGUGUGUGUGUGUGUGUGUGUGUGUGUGUUUGUGCACACCUGUCUGUCAGUGAUGGUCCAAAAGAGAAUUGUAAAUAAAUCAUGAUGUUUUUACAUAGCCUUUCUCCAUAGUCACCAAACAGCCCCUGCUUCCUCCCCUUUCCUCUUCUACUCCCCAAUAUUUUCCUCUGGUUUCCCUAGGCCCCCAUGGCCCUUAUAAUGUUCAUACACAGCAGCUGAGCCUUACUGCCUGGUUCUGAACUGGGCAUCUUGAAAGAUUGUAGCAAGUGUCUCGUGCCCCAAUGGGAGACGGGCAGAUCACAAACCUCCUUGCAGUAUUCACUGUGGGUAAUUUAUUUAACUAGUGAAUGUAGAUUAAAGUAAUUAAAACGAAGAGAAACUAAUGCUUUGUCUGCGGGAUCAUGUGUCCUCCUUGUAUCCUAACCUGAUUUUUAAUUUGUCGUCUUGUUCUUUUGAGGCUCUCCUCUGAGGGCCUAGUAGAGAGCCAGUGGCAUGGGGGAAGGGAUCAGGGACAGUGCUGUCAGAGUGGAUACAGGGGGAGAAGAACUGAUCGAGGAAACUCUGGAGGUCUUAAGUCCAGAUGGAAGGGCAGAGUGGAUCUUUAGGAGGCCUAUUUUAGUACUGGACUCCAGUGACUUCAGAAGUAGGGGAGGAAGCUUGGGGCUGGGGUUUUAUUAGGGGCUCAGCCAUCCAUCUCUUCCCCCUCCCUUCCCUCCUUCUCCCUCCUUUCUUCUCCCCAUUUCCCUUCUUCCCCUUCCACAAGCACUACAUCCUUUGAUUCACUUAAAAUGAGAAAUUUACAGAAAUAAUAAUUUUUAAACAAAGCAAGAGAAGUGUUUUUAACGCUGUUGGGAAUGAUUCAUUAUGUUACUUUUGUGGUCUGCGUUCUGUUUGGAUAUUUUCUGUAUGUAACUGUAGUUUAAAAAAAAAAAUUGCCAAACUA